AGGUUUUGCCCUUCGGUAUUUUUGUAUCUAUCUAGUAUAGUUCCUGCAAUUUGGCUUUUAGAAUUGGAUAAAGUCGACAGAAGGUUAAAAGCAAAAGAGGAAACUUUUAACAUAACAGCAGUGGCUGGGGCAAACUUGAAGGAACUGAAUAAUUUGAUAGGAUACAAGCUUCCAGAGAUCUCUUUAAGCACAGAAACCUGGAUAACAUUAAUAGAACAAUUUUUAAUGUUGAUCCUUAUUAUUGGAAGGUGGAUGUUGCCAAAAGGAGAUUUAACAAGAGAUCAGCUGAGUCAACUGUUACUGGUUUAUAUCGGAACAGCAGCUGAUAUUAUAGAAUUCUUUGAUUCAUUUAAGGAUGACAAAAUAGCUUCUGAACCAAUCCUAGUUCUUCUAACUCUAGCAAUAUGGUCAUGGAGCUUAAUGCAGUUUACCGUGGUUUUGACAGCAACCAAAUCCAGAAAAUCCCGUCUGACGACAACAGGAAACGUCAUUAAAGGCUCUGGGAGUUGCUGUUCAAUUGAUGUGUGGGGCAUAGCCUUAAACAUAACCCUCCAAGAUGCCCCAUUUUUGGUAUUUAGGCUUCUUCUCAUCACCCACUUCCAAAUUAUUUCCUACAUGAAUGUAUUUUUCACUUGCAAGAACACUUUGGUCAUUCUUCUGCAAAUGUACAGACUUUACGUGGUCUACAGUGAGCACCACAAAGCUAAGAAAAAGGCGAGGAGAGAAGAUUUUGAGCUCACGAAUAUUUCGAUUAUCUCCAAAAAUAAUAUGGAUGAUAGAAGAAGGAGACAUAAAGCAGUGAAGAAAAGAAGUAAAGACAACGACGAGGACGAUUCAAGUGAAUCCAAUAGCGAAGAUGAAACGAAGAAUAGAAAAACUAGAAAAAUGAAAAACAGCAGAAAAGACACUGGCUACUCAACGGGCAGCUCUCACAACAGUUCCAAGAACCACCUAAAAAAACAAAAACACCCAUCCUCCAAAGAAAAGGGCGAACCAAAAAAAUCCAAACAGCAAAAACUGAAAAGAUCCGACAACGAAAACCGAGGCCGAAGAAAAUUGGAGGAGGCAUUUUCCGAGGAAAGCGAAAGCGAUUUUUCACCUCCGGAAGAAAAGAAAAUCGUAAAAGAAAAAUCGCGAGGCAAAGAGAAGAAGUACGAAAAAGAACCAACCGUGUCCAUUUCCACUUCGGACCCUUCGUCAGAAUGACGUCAUCAAUUGGCCAUCAUGGCUAUCUUUUGCUUGUACAUGUUUAUUUUUGUUUGCUGUUUGUUUUUUAUUUAUUGUGGUAUUAAUUCGGAAGGCCUUGUCAUAGCAAGAGUUCAUAGAACGAAUAAAACGCUUAUUUAAUACAAAAUCAAAAAAUAUGGUAGUAUUUUGUGAAAUAAUCGAAAAGAUAUUAAGUACAAUUAUUAUUAAGG